UGGUUGAAUGUCUUGACCGGCAGACGGGGCCGUGAACGCCUCACCAGGUGGUGGAGUCGGACAUGACAUCAAACUGUGACUGCGGCGCUUUUUCCGCAUUCUCAGUCCGCGAGCGAGCGAGCGUGCGAGCUUCCCAGGGCCGCGCGCACACACUCACGUUCUCGGACGACUGAGAAAGGGAGCGCGAGCUGGAGCGGGGGGCACACAUCCAUGGGACAGACGACGGUUCAUGGGAACAUCCAUCCGAACACCGAGCACUCUCAGCGGGGUUCAGCUUUGGCGAAUACUGAAUUUGGAGCAGUAUGAACCACUCGAAGAUGGCUGUUAAAUAACCAGAGAUGGACUAACAAGAGACCAGGAGGAAUAAAGUAAAAAUAAAUCAACAUGGCAGUCUUUAAGCCUGAAAAUGUGGAGGACUUCUAUGAGAUUGGUGAAGUUCUGGGAAGUGGGCAUUUCGGUCAGGUUCGACAGGUUUCUGAACGGACCAGCGGGACGUGUUGGGCAGCCAAGUUCCUGAAGAUUCGGAAGACCGCGGGCAGUCGCCUCGGCGUGGAGAGGAGCAGUGUCGAGAAGGAGGUGCAGAUCCUCCAUGCUGUUCAACAUCCAAACAUCGUGACUCUCAAAGACGUUUUCGAGAGCCGAGCUGAGGUGGUGCUCAUUCUGGAGCUUGUUAGCGGAGGGGAGUUGUUUGACUUCAUUGCCGAGAAGGAGAACCUGCUGGAGAGUGAGGCCAUUGAGUUCAUGGAGCAGAUCCUGGAGGGACUGGGAUUCAUGCACAGCAAGAACAUUGCGCACUUUGACCUCAAGCCAGAAAACAUCAUGUUGUCAGAUAAAGUGUCGCCGCACCCCAACAUCAAGCUCAUCGACUUCGGUCUGGCACACCACUUUCAUCAGGGGGAGGAGUACAGGAGCACAAGUGGCACCCCACAGUACAUCGCCCCCGAGGUGAUCAACUGUGACCCUCUGAGCACAGCUGCAGACAUGUGGAGCAUCGGAGUUAUUACCUACAUAUUACUGAGCGGGUUGUCGCCUUUCCAAGACGAUACUAACGAAGGGACCCUGCGGAACAUCAUCGCCAUGAACUACGAGUUUGACGAGCAGUGUUUCAGCAUGACGAGCUCCAUGGCCAAAGACUUCAUCCAAAAACUCCUGGUGAAAGAUCCAAAUGAGAGGAUGACAGCUGAGGAGUGUCUGCUUCAUCCGUGGAUUAAGCCCAUCACACGCAAGCAAGUGGCCAAAAGGAAUCGAUCCUCAAUCAAUAUGAAGAACUUUAAGAAGUUCAACGCCAGAAGAAAAUGGAAGAUGUCCUAUAACAUGGUGUGGAUGUGUAACCGGCUGGUCCAGUUGCAACUGCUGAAGGGAAGCUCGGAUCCAGAUCCACUGCAGAGACAAUGUGAAAGCGACGCAGAGGACACUGAAAGCAAGCCGGCCUCUCUGCUGCGCCGAAGACUCAGCAGCAGCUCUUAGAAGCUGACCAGAGGAAGGUGGGACGAGUCAGCGAGGCUGGAUCGAAGGUCACUGAAGGGAAAUGUUUUCUGUUACACUGUCCAAGACGAGUCUCACACACUGUCUCAGAAGUGCCUCUGAUAUCUAGCACCAGAUAAAAUGCGCACUGCCUCAUCUGAUGACAAAGGACUUUGAGAAGAUGAGUCCAGCUAGUCCAGUAGAAAAUGUAUUUGGGUGGUUGCUGAUUUGGGGAAACUCUUUGAUGACACAAAAAAACAUUUUCGGGUAGAACUUUUAUUUCCUCUACAACUAAUUUCACGUCCAAGUCUUCCUUGACUUUUACAAAAAUGCAAACGCGAGAUCUGUUCUUGGUUUAAACGUUGUCCUGUGAUGAUUAAUACUGGUAGUUAAAAGCUAAAAUGUUGUUUUAGUACUGCUUAUUUCCAGAGCUCUAUCCAUCAUUUAAAUAACUUAUGAUAACGUUGUACUCACCACAUUUUUUACUUACGAUAAGAUUAUUAGUCCUGUAAACAAACAUAAUUCACUGGCUGCAUUUCACUCUGUGUCAUGUGGACAGUAACAUUUCAGUUUCACUUCCAAAAAACAAAACUAGUUUGUCAGCUUGUGUCCUACCAGGGGUAGUUUUUUUAGUUUUUAGGGUGUGGUUUGCCUCAUGAAUGAGGAAUCCCAGUAUCAGGUUAACAACAACAUGUGCUGUUACAACACGACUGAUCAUGUUUCAGCGAUUUCUAUAGAUCUUGUAAAUCACGUUGGUUGAGCACAAUGUUAUGAUAACUGACAGAAGUGAUGGCUGGAGCUAUAAAGGCUGGAAAGUUUCACCGCCCUCUCUGGUUUUAGAUGUUUCACCUCUGACCACAGCCCAGAUUACUGAUGUCUGUGUAUCUGCACCUCUAGAUGUAUGUGAAGUGGUUCAGUUGCUCUUUGUCGUAGCGCCCAAUGCGUCACUCCAAACUCUUGAAGUGCUGCGAAUGUUCAAGUUCUCUUGAUUGGCGACAAAACAAUCCCACCUUAAGCUCCCGUGCUCGUUAGCUAAAUUGCUCAGUUGCCGUGGAAAUGAAUCUCUAAAUCCCCGAGAACCUCUUGGACUUCUUUAAACGUUGAGCUUCAGGACCAUGUGAUGAAGUUUUUAAACUGCUGUUUCAAGGCUCAAGGAUGAACUGUUAAAUCCACUGAUGUUGACGAAGUGUAGGUUUUUGUGGGAUGCUAUGACACUAUCAGCGAGUGUUUAUUUAAGUUGUGCAGAUAUAAUGAAUUUCCAAACAGUGUGUGUGUGUGUGUUUUGUAUUCUCGUGUUAUAUAACUUGUCUCAUGAUGUAUCGGUUUUAAAAGGCACAGUCAUAUGUUGUACAUAACUCAACCACCUCGACUUAUUACAGUUUUUAUUGUCGUCUAGCUCCAUCCGAGACUUGAAAGAUUUUGAAGCGUUGCCAAAGCUAUCACUUUGUCUCUUUUUAUUGAGGAUGUUUGUUAAAAAAAACGAUUGUAUUUGAACUGUUUCAAUCAUGUUUUUCAUCUUGUUCUUGUGCAACUGCAGUGACUCUGCUCACUGAAACUGAUGUGAUGAUCUGUUCUGGAGUCUGAAUAUAUUUUAAACUGGUUAAAAAAAAAGUGACGGUUAUAAUAAAGAAUAAAGAUUUUGAAUGAUAUUAAAAUGAUUUAUGACCUCUGA